GUUGGACUCUUAUUUAAUUCCUUCAAACUCUCUCUCACAAAAAAUAAAAAAAUAAAAAGAAUGGCAGAGAGUUAUACUUCCAAAGUGAGCAAAAAGCCCUUCUCACGCGGUCAAAUGGAGGCGCUGACCGCCUUGUGCGACACCCUUUUGCCCUCCGUCGAUGUUUCCGGCGAUGAUCUCCGCCGCCAACGCCUCCAUGCGCCGCUUGAUGACGUCAUCCGGUUCUAUCAGACGUCAGCGUCCAUGGCCGGGACUCCACAGCUCAGAUUUUCAAAGGUGUCACCCAAGAAAAGAGAAGAAAUAUUAUUGUCAUGGUCAACAAGCUUUUUCUUUCUCCUUAGAAUCCUCUUUGCGGCUCUCAAAAUCUUCACUCUCCUCACAUUUUUCACCCAGGUGAACGAGAAAAACGACAACCCCGCGUGGAAAGCAAUCGGCUACCCAGGCCCGGACCCGGACCGAAAACCCGACCCGAACUCCACCACGGAAAACCCAUCCGGGCCCCUCCACAAAGGCAUCGUCAACUUGACCCAUCAAAAGCAGAAAUCCCUCUACAAGCUACAAACCCUAGGCUUCCCCAUAUCCAUGCUCAACGCCAGCCGGCCCAAAUCUCUGGAAAAAAACCCAUCUUUCACCGUCAAAUGUGACGUGGCCGUCGUCGGCUCCGGCUCCGGCGGCGGCCUGGUCGCCGGAGUCCUCGCCAAAGCCGGCCACAAAGUCAUCGUGCUCGAAAAAGGCGGCUACUUUGCCCGGGAUAACCUUUCCCUCCUCGAAGGCCGUGCCAUGGACCAAAUGUACCUCAACCACGGCAUCCUCGGCACGGACAACAUGGAUGUCCUCAUAGUCGCGGGGUCCACCGUGGGCGGUGGGUCCGCCAUCAACUGGUCGGCCUCGAUUCGGACCCCGCGCCAUGUGGCGCGAGAGUGGAGCCAAAAGCACGGCUUGAAACUUUUCGAGACCGAGGCCUACGAGCACGCGUUGGACGUCGUGUGCGCGAAGAUGGGCGUGCAAUCCGAGUUCGAAACCGAGGGUUUCAACAACAUGAUUCUCAGAAAGGGUUGCGAAAAUUUAGGGUACCGCGCGGAAAACAUCCCCCGCAACGCGCCCCGCGACCACUACUGCGGGUGGUGUUGCCUCGGGUGCGCGGACGGUCGGAAGAAGGGUACUCCCGAGACUUGGCUCGUCGACUUGGUCGAGUCAGGAAAUGGCUCGAUUCUGACGUGUUGCGAAGCGUUAAGAGUCGUCACCGAGAAAAAUUGGGUUGUUGGGGGUAAGGGACGGAAGAGACGAGCGGUCGGGGUGGAAUUCAUGUACGAGACAGAAACGGGCCGGGAGACCGGGCUCGUCGAGGCCCGAGUGACGGUAGUGGCGUGCGGGGCCAUAUGCACGCCCGGGCUUCUCAGACGGAGCGGGCUUAGGAACCCGAACAUCGGGCGGAACCUGCGGCUCCACCCGGUGGUGAUGGCGUGGGGCCAUUUUCCGGACGGGCCCGAUUGUUGGCCCGGGCCCGAGAAGCGGAGCUUCGAGGGCGGGAUCAUGACCGCAAUGUCGAAGGAGGUCGCGAACUUCGAGACGUCGGGCUACGGGGCGUUGAUCCAGACGCCGUCCCUCCACCCAGGGAUGUUCUCGAUCGUCACCCCGUGGGCCUCGGGUCAGGACGUCAAGGCCCGGAUGGUUAAAUUCCCGAGGACGGCCCACGUUUUCGCCCUUGCACGGGACGUCGGGUCGGGUGAGGUGGUCUCGGAGACGGACGUGAGGUACGAGGUGGGCCCGGCCGACACGGAGAGUUUGAGGGAAGGGGUCGGGAGGGCAUUGCGGAUACUGGCGGCGGCGGGUGCCGAGGAAAUCGGGACCCACCACAGGGAGGGCAGAGUUCUGAAGGUGAGGGAGACGGACAGGAGGGAGCUCGAGAGGUUCGUGGAGGAGGAGAGUUCGAGGCCGGUUAGUGGGCUUUCGACACCCGUGUGCUCGGCCCACCAGAUGGGGAGCUGUCGGAUGGGAGUCGGGCCGAAAGUGUCGGUGGUGGGGCCCACCGGGGAGAGUUGGGAGGUGGAAGGAUUGUACGUGGCGGACUCGAGCGUGUUCCCGACGGCGGUAGGGGUGAACCCGAUGGUGACGGUGCAGGCGGUGGCGUAUUGCACGGCGCGAGCGAUCCAGGAGGCGCUCGGCGGCGGGGAGAAGGCGAGGGAGGUUUGAGCAAUGGGUUGGGGGAUUUAGGGAGGUGUAGUUUUGUUGUUGUUGUUUGAUGAUUAUAUGGGGUUGGAUGGAUUUUGUUUUUGUGGGAUUUUAGUGAAAUUUGUGUGGGAUGGUUUGGGAUUGUGAUGUUUGAUUUUGAUAAUUGUGUAAGGUUGAUAUAGUAGUUCAUUGUUGAAAAAAAAGUGUACUUCGCUAUUAUUAUUUGGUAAUAUUGACUCUAUAAGUGAAUAAAAUUAUAAAAUUGGUACAUAGGAGAGAGUGAUAUUUUUGUACGGUUUAGGCGAGGAUAAGUUCAAAUUUACAAAAG